AUGAGCGAUAUUGAAAAAUCUCCUACUAUGGCGAGCAAGAAAGAGAAUUCACCUCCACCAAAGCCAAUUUUUCCCGAGGGAGGCACCAAGGGCUGGAUGGCUGUACUGGCGUGUUGGUGCAUCAUGUUCAACACCUUCGGAUACAUCAAUGCUUUCGGAAUCUAUGAAGCAUACUAUAAGAACACACUUCUUCAGAAUGAAAGUGACUCCAAUAUCGCAUGGAUUGGAUCUCUGCAGGUCUUCUUCAUGUUCUCCGGAGGACUUAUCUCUGGCCCACUUAUGGACCGCUUCGGUCCUAAGGUCAUUGUGAUUCCCUGCUCACUUCUCUUUGUUCUGUCGGUCAUGCUCACUAGUCUAUGCACUGAGUACUACCAGUUCAUCCUUGCUCAGGGCGUCUUUGGUGGCCUCACCAAUGGCUUAACGUACACACCAACUGCGACUGCGGUCAGUCAAUACUUCUUUGAAAAGCGACCACUGGCUAUGGGUAUCGCAUCAAGUGGAUCUUCUCUCGCGGGUGUCAUCUUCCCAAUCGCCUUAAAUCGCAUGCUCAACAAAACGAGUCUGGGAUUUGGCUGGUCCGUCCGCGUGGUGGGAUUCAUUAUGUUGGCCAUGUCCAUUAUCGCCAGUCUUUGUGUUACUUCGAAUGCACCCAAGAGGAAGAGCGGGGCGCCUUUCCUAAAGGCUGCGUGGACACACCCGGCAUACUGUCUACAGACCACCGGGCUCUUCCUGGUCAUGUGGGGUCUUUUUGUUCCCUUUUUCUAUAUUCCUGGAUACGCACAGUCUAUUUCUAUCGAUGUCGACAUGUCGAAUUACCUGAUCGCGAUUCUCAAUGCUGGAUCCCUCGUCGGGCGUCUCCUCGGUGGAGCCUUGGCUAAUCACAUCGGACGCUUUAACUCGCUGACCGGCGCAUCAACAAUCUGCGGCAUUUUGAUCUUCAGCUGGCUUUCCAUUCAUUCUCUCAGAGGCAUGAUUGCCUUCUCAGUCUUCUUCGGCUUCUUCUCUGGCAUGGUCAUCGGUCUCCUCCCAGCGACCAUCGCAAUGACGGCAACAAAGCCCAAUGAGAUCGGCUCUUACAUGGGAAUGGCAUUUGGAGUCCUCAGUAUCUCGGGGCUGACAGGUACCCCUAUUACCGGAGCCAUGGUCAACAGCUAUGGAUCAUACGAGCCUGCCAUCAUCUUCGCUGGCGUGGUUACUCUCGUCGGAGCCGCAGUCAUUUUUGGAGCACGAACAAGCUUUGCAGGAGCGGAGACCCUUGCAUGA